AUGAAAACCAUCAACCAGGAGAAGGUUUUGAGCAACGCGAAAUUCGAAAUCGUGGAAAAUUUGAACGCACAGCUCCACUACAACGACCACUUGUACAGCUUUUUCACGGAGGAACUGAAGCAAGCAAGCGUUGGGACGAGGUGGGAGAAAAAGACCCCGAG